GUCACUUCCUGGUUCAAAGUCCAGCUGAGAGAAAUGGUCCAGAAUAAAUAACAGUUAACAUUGCAGAUGUUUAUAGAUCUGUAUUUAUUGGUCGCUCAGCAGACAGACAGACAGAGAGAGAGAGACAGACAUGCAGCAGUCUGUGGAGGCUCUGGUCCGACUGCUGGAGUCAUACAGAGGAAGAGAUAAAGUUAUCAGGACGGUCUGUUAUGGCUCCCAGCUGGUUGGAGGAGUUCUCUCCCGGACGGCAGACGCAGAGGUUUCAUCCCACCGGCUCGGGAAAAGUCUGCUGCUGUUUUCUGCUCAGCUCAGCCACUGCCGGACGGUGCUGAGGCUGUUUGAUGAUCUGUCCAUGUUGUCUUACUCCCACAGCUAUGGGAUGGGAGCCAGGGAGGAGGACGCAGGCGUGCGCUGGAUAUCGGUGCUGACCAACGUGGCCGACCAGCUGUACUACCCCUGUGAACACAUCGCGUGGGCUGCCGACGCCGAGCUCAUCAAAGUGAAGUCUGAUAAGUGGUGGCUGUUCAGUACAGUGCUGUGGGGAACCUCGCUGCUGCUGGGAAUACUCAGAUCCCUCCGAGUUCUGCUGCUGCUGAAGAAGAAGCUGAAGAGGGACCGAGGUGGCAGCAGUCGCUCUCAGCUCCGCAGACAGAUGCGAGGGGAGGUUCUCUCCGUCCUCAGCAGCGUGGCUGACCUCAGUAAUGCCGUUCACUGGAUGCCGCCCGGCUUCCUGUGGGCAGGACGAUUCCCCAACUGGCUGGUGGGGCUGAUGGGCACCGUCUCGUCUGUGAUUGGUUUGAUCCAGAUGAACGCCGGCGACAGCUACCAGACAGACGGCACAUAGUCUUCACCUCACAGCAAGGAAAUAGAUUAGAUGCUUUGAUGACUGAGUGAGUGAUGUUUAUUAGUGGAAAAUGCUGAGUGAAAGGAGGUUAAAUCUCUGUGGAGAUUCAUUUUGUAGCCAGUCAUCCAAGUGCUUAAUGAGAUGUGACUGAAAGCCUCCUGAAAAAGUGGCAAAACAUCUUUAAUUGCUUCGGAUUUUUUAAUGAUAUUUGGACAUUUUCAUCCGUCAUCACACAGUUUGAGGUCAGAUUUGAAGAUAAAAUCAAUCAAUUAAAUGUUAUUUUACUUCGCUCUUACUGCAGCAGUGUCACAAUCACACAAAUGUGAAAUAUAUUUUUUUAAUUCAUGUGUUGUUAAAUGCAGAUAAAAGUAUUUACAUGCCGUUUUAGUGCAGUUUGCAGGUUUUUAGAAAGCAGAAUAAACCUCCUAAUGAUGUUAUGAUUAUACAUUUGGAGGCAGAUCCUCAGGUAAAUUGUAUUUAGCUCAUAAUAUCUCCUACUUUUUGUUCUCUGAGAGUUCCCAAAACCAACAACUUUGUCUGGGACGACAACUCUUUUGCCUGAGGGGCCCAAGACUCCUCACAGUGUGCAUGCUUGUUUUGUUUGUAUGCAAAGUGGUCUGUGGUGCCUCUACCUGUUCAGUCAGUGAACAAUAAGUUCAAACAGGGAUGAUUUUAUGAGAGAUACAGUGACACUGUGAAAAGACUGGUACAUUGCUGCCUUAGAUACACACUCCAUGUACCUAAUUUCCAGUCUUUAAUUGUUGCAUAUACAGUAAAUCAUAAACAUUGAAUUAAUUAUAACAUCUUUUAGUGAUUUAUAUCUAUGGACAAGUAGAAAUUGUUGCAUAAUGUUUAAAGACCAACUCAGUGUUGUUUCUAUAAAGGAUGUAAUGUCUUCAAACUACACUACAGUAAGCUGCUUUCACCAAUAGUUCCUCAGUGAUGAAGUUGUGAUCGCUGGUGAAAUUUAAUGCAUAAAUAUCUGAUUUGCAUUAAAGAAUCAGCACAAAAAAACACCGACAACCAACACUGAAGAAGUUUUUAUGUCUGUGUUUCUGGUGAAACGUGUAAAGUUAUUUUAGAUGAUGUAAACUAAUGAGAUUUUUAAAUAAAUUGAACUGUCUGUCA